AUGCCGCUUAACCCUACACAGGCGCUGGUCUUCUCCUAUUUCGAGAACUUUUACUCCGGUCCGGCUGAGCCGCUGGCGAUUUUCAAGCACAUCCAGGAGCACUUCUCUAUUCUACCCGAAUUGCGCACCGAUACGACGCGAAAUGGCCGCGGGAAGGUGCUGCUCAGAUUACUAAGGUGCCUCCACCUGCACAAGGGCAGCAGCGACACGCUCACGCUGCUGUACGUCUGUGCAUGUAGAUGUUACGGCGUUUCCGCACGUUUAGUCGAGGCUGUGCACGGCCCGGCCAAUGGCGUCCUGCUGCUCGCGGAGUCGUUCGACCCGGACAGCGGCUCGUGGAAGCGCGUCGACUUUUCGCGCCUCAAAUACGGAGGCGUGGCUUACGAUCCCACGAAAAGCGCCAAGCCGUGCAACCGCGAGAAGGCCGUGGAGUACGCCCCGUCCGAGAGCAGCGAAUACGGCGGCCGCCUCUACGUCCAGCGCGACAACAAGCUGUUCGUGUACAAGCGGGAGCCCGACCUCCGCGUUGUGGCAAUCCUUGUAUCACGCAGCAGGCGCCCGUCGCAAGCGGUGCUGAACGUGUCGGAGUUCCGCUUCGAGGAGGAAGAGUUCAGGCAGCGGCUGGUCCGCGACAAGCAGAAGCCCGGCGCGAAGGACGCGCGCCAGGAGUUCCACUACGUUUUCGGCUGCAACAAAUACGGGUGGCUGUCGGAGAUAACGCCCAAAUACGUGGAGAGGUACAACGACGUCUGUGUAAAGCGUGGCAAGGAGCUCCAGGCGUGGCUCGUGCAGACCAUCGAACGCCUGAACGAACCGGUGAAAAGCGUCAGCGGUGCCGGCAUAGUCUCCAUGUUGGAGCGCGCCGAGUCGAAGUGGAUGGAGACUCGUGUCAGCAACGACCCCCUGCCCGACUCCAAGGCCCGGCUGAAGAACCACCCGGUCUACGUCCUGGCGUCUCAGAUAGGCAGCAACCACAUCCUGAAGAAGGACGCGACGCCAAUAGCGUUCCUGAAGGGCGAGGAGGUGUACCUGCGCUGCGACCUGGAGGCGCUCAAGACCCGUGGCGCCUGGCGUAAAGCCAACCGGCGCGUCUUGGAUGACGUCCAGCCGAUAACCACGCGCAAGACGUACAACCGCAACACGCGUAUGCAUGUGAACACGAGCCUGUUCAGCGAGAGCCAGACCGAGCUGAUACCGCAGGAGGUGGCAACCGAUGGCAGCAUACCAACCACGGAAUACGACAACGUCGACGUCACUGGUCAACGCUUUGUCCCUCAGGGUACCAUAUACCUCAGAACCAAGCGCCUGGACUUGCUGCUGAGGGCUGCGAAUGCCCUGCAGCUCCACUACAAGCGUGCCUUCUCGUCCUACCAGAAGACCGACACCUUCAAGCCUGAAAUCGACGGAAUCGUCAUACAAAAGGCCAAUCUUCCAGCGCUGCUGCAGAAAUACGAGGAGCUCGCCAUGGAGGCUGCCACCAAGGCGCUGGAGGAGAAAAAGGAGUCGUAUCGCAAUUUCUGGCGCAGCGUGUUCAAGACCAUGCUCGCGGAUCCGCCGUCGGUGGCGCAGGAGCACCAUAACAAGAUUAGACGGGAGCUCAACGAGCACGUUACCCACUUCCUGAACCGGGUGGAACACCUCACCUGA